AUAAAUGUGUACCUAAAGAACUGUUUACUAUCAAAAAUAUUCAAGUGAUUCUUUCAGUGUUAAACCAAAAAGAAAAUCGUUAAACGGUAGAAAUAGCCGUGAUAGGACAGUGAUCUCCACCCAAAAAUAUUAAAGUGAUUUUCAUCAAUAAAAAAUCAAUCAAACGGUAGAAAUAGCCGUGGGUGUAGAGAGAAGUGAAGUGAAGUGAGUGAAAGUAAUUUAGGACACAAGAAGCGGAACAGUGGACACUGUGUAGGAUUUAACUCUUACCGAUCGGUGAUAGGAACCGCAGUAGCCAAAGGCAAAAAGGAUCAUUCCGACCCACCUGCCACUGCUCCCCCCGGACGCCAUACGAAUUGAGUCACCCAACCAGAAAGUCCAGUAAGGAAAUGCUGGCAUUUAUAUUUUUAACAUUCCUGACCCAAACGCUGACUUUACAAAUUCAAAGACUGGACCAACCAAUCUUUAUUUAUGACGUAGGUAUUGGCAGAAUUCAGUAUCAAUCAAAUUAUUACAUCCACCAUUUCAACAUCAAAACACUCAAAACCUAUAUCACAGAUCUGAAAGAAAAAUUUAACAAAAUUGAGAUAAAUCAAUUCACAGAAAUUAUACAAGAAAAAUUUGACGAGAUUAAUUAUUUUUUAGAAAAUAUAAUUCCUAUUAGAAGACAGAAACGAUGGGACACGGUAGGUACUGUCUGGAAGUUUAUAGCUGGAACCCCAGACGCAAACGAUUUAAGGCUAAUAAAUUCCAGCAUUAAUAAUCUCAUUGUAAACAACAACAAACAGGUAAAAAUUAAUCGUGAAAUAUCAUUGCAACUAAAAGAAUCAUUUUUUAAAACUAAGGAAGCCAUUCAGUUGUUUGAAUCAAAAGCUACCGAAUUAUUUUCCAUUAAUAUCUUCUUUAAUUUAAAGCGACUUGGUAAUCAAAUCGAGAAUAUAUUAGAAACAAUAAUGUUAGCUAGAUUAGGAAUAUUAAAUGAAAAGAUUUUAAGCAAAAAUGAGAUAGAAACGCUAAGGAAGGAUCUUGAACGAGAAAACGUCACCGUGUAUACAUCGUCGGAAGUCAUAACAUACGCAACAACAUCUAUAGCCACCAACCGUCAAGAGAUGGUACUAUUAAUCAAAAUGCCGAAAUUGGAUCCCCGAAUUUUCCGUAAAAUUCACGUUUACCCAAUAAUUCACAACCGACAACAAAUUCUUACAGAUAAUCGAAUUUUCCUAGUACACCCAACCGCUAAAUUUAUGGUGAAGACAUCGGAACAAACUAUUUACGAUAUCAAAGAUACUGAAAUAGCUGAUUCAUCAUGCAUACCGAACCUUUUGGAUGAAAAAGCCGCUAUCUGCAACUAUACAUCUAAUCCUAUGCAGCAAGACAUCAUUCCUUUGGAUAUGCAACACAUACUGGUAAACAGCGAAACUAAUUUUACGCUAUCAUCCGACUGUGCAACUACUGACAGAACCCUUACCGGGUCAUAUCUAAUUCAGUAUGAGAAUUGUACGAUACGGAUCAAUAAUAUUGUCUACACCAGUAAAACCCAAAACAUUACUGGAAAACCCUUAUAUCUUCCUUUGGACGGAAUAUCAAUUACCAAGAAUGGCGAAAUACUAAAUCUCAGCUUGAGCCAUCUUCACAAACUUCAAAAAGAAACCAGGAAUGAACUUGAUCUGCUACGUUUAGAAAACAACAGCUUGAGUUUUCCUCAUUGGUCAAUUAUUGGAGGAAUAGCUGUUCUUCCUACUCUAAUCGGUAUAGCUAUUUUGUUCAGUUUCUUUUUCCACAGAACAACAAAUAUCAAACUACACACAACCUCACCUGAAACUACCCCAGAUGUCGGAAACCAGGUUUGGAAGACGGAACGAGGACGGAAGGUAACCAACUUUAGGAAACUCACGUUGUCGGACGUCAUGACCCAGGAGGCUCAACUCUAAGCAAGGGCGAGUUAACGACACGGCUAUGUGAGAAUGGGAUCAUAUUUUCCAGACUUAGUCAGAAGUCUGGAUAGUUGGUUCCCAUAUGCCACUAGUCUGCUGAAUUGCUUGUGGGAACAUAGCUAGAAGUCUGGAUCAUCGGUUCCCACACGAUCGUACGUGCUCCCGCGAGUGGCGAAUGUAAGCAAGCAUUGCAGGAUUAGGUUUAGGUAUUUAUA